ACCGCUGAACAAGUGCCAUAACUGCUGAAUAAGAUGCGCCGGUUAAAGUAUAAACUCACUAUCGUAUAUAAUUCCAAAUUCCAAAUCAAGUCCUGGGUCCGGAUACAACUGCGUCUGGUUCCGGACUAGACACGACCAAGUUUGAAGCUGCGGUAACGGUUCAUCUUGACAUCCUGUCAUCUUUGAUCGGCUGCAAGCUGCAGUGGAUUGUGGGUAAAACGUCAGUCCGCCGCCAUAUCUUGUCAUUCUGUACCGUUGAAGGAGAGACUCUGGAGUCAUGAGAGGAAUCCGGUCUCUUAACAACCUCCCCAAACGUUGCUAUGCCGCUGCCAGGAGGAGCGAAGCUCUGAACGAACCCCUCGCAGGCCGCACGUCAGCCUUGCCUGCACCUCCCCCUCCCCAAAAUGUCCAGGUGUCCAAGCUUCCAAACGGUCUGGUGAUCGCAUCACUGGAGAACAAUUCCCCGCUGUCCAGCGUCGGCGUGUUUGUGAAAGCCGGGAGUCGGUACGAGACUGUGGAAAACCAGGGUGUCUCUCAUGUGCUGCGACUGGCGGCAAACCUGACCACUAAAGGUGCAUCUGCCUUCAAGAUCUGUCGCGGUGUAGAAGCGCUGGGGGGCAGCCUGAGUGUGACGUCAUCAAGGGAGACCACCGUCUACACUGCGGACUGCUUGAGAGAUCACCUAGAUUCAUUAUUUGAGUUUUUGGUCAACGUGACCGCAGCUCAGGACUUCCGGCCGUGGGAGGUGGACGAUCUGACGUCCAGGGUGAAGAUCGACAAAGCUCUGGCUCAGCAGUGUCCUCAGAUAGGUGUAAUUGAGAAGUUGCACGAAGCAGCGUACAAGAAUGCCCUGUGCAACUCUCUGUACUGCCCAGACUACAUGGUCGGCCGUGUCUCCUCUACACAGCUGCAGACAUUUGUUGAGGACAAUUUCGCCACCGGCAGAAUGGCUCUUGUAGGACUAGGUGUGAAGCACUCCGUCUUGAGGCAGAUGGGCGAGGGGCUCCUGAGUGUCCGCAGUGGGGCUGGAGCGCCUGCUGCUAAGGCCGUGUACCGCGGAGGUGAGCUGCGGGUGCAGAACAAUGACGACCUGGUGCACGCCCUGAUCACCAGUGAGGGUGGUGUGGCGGGCAGCGCAGAGGCUAAUGCCUUCAGCGUGCUGCAAAGGAUCCUGGGAGCUGGGCCACAUGUAAAGAGGGGCUCCAACAUCACCAGCAAACUGAGCCAGGGUAUCGCCAAAGCUACCACACAGCCGUUUGAUGCCACAGCCUUCAACGCCUCUUACUCUGACUCCGGCUUGUUCGGCGUCUACACCAUUGCACAAGCUGGCUCUGCAGGAGAGGUGAUCAAUGCUGCCAUCGCUCAAGUGAGAGAUGUGGCUGAGGGGAAUGUAUCGGACGCAGACAUCACCAGAGCAAAGAACCAGGUGAAAUCCGAGUACCUGAUGUCAAUGGAAAGCUCUGACGGUCUGUUGGAGGAGAUCGGAGCUCAGGCUCUGGCCACUGCAGCGUACCAGGUCCCUGAUGCUGUUCUCCAGGCUGUAGAUGCCGUCAGCCACGACGCUGUGGUCGCGGCUGCAAAAUCCUUUGUGGAUGGCAAGAAGACCAUGGCAGCUAGUGGACAGCUGGUGAAUACACCGUUUGUGGACGAAGUAUGAAGAUAAAAGUCUAAGUUGAUUUUAACUCGGGCAUGUUGUGCCUGGCUUCUUCAAAAGAAAAUAGGACCCCAAAGCCUCCUACAGCAAGUCAUUUGAUGUCCCCAAUCAUUUGUAGUCUGUCCUGUAAGCACCAACAGAGAGCCAGGGAUUCAAAAUGCAAUUUGUUUUUGUUUUUUUUGUCAAUUUAACUGUAUAUCUAUGUAAAUUAAAGACAGUAAUAACC